UUGGUGUCCCUGAGGGGAUGCCAAUGUCCCCAAGGGCUAUGCCAGCAUCACCACGAAGACUGCCAGUUUCCCAAGGGCUGUGCCAGGUCCCCAGCAGGGUGCAGGUGUCCCUGGGGUGAGUUGUGUUGUUGUGGUGUCCCCAGUGCUCACACCAGGGUAUGCAGCAGUGUGCCAGUUUCCCCAUGGCUGUGCCAGGUCCCCUGGGGAUCCUGAUGUCCCUGAGAGGAUGUUGGUGUUCCCAGGGGUGUGUUGUCACCAGCGAACUCACCAGGAUGCCCAGCAGUAUGCCAGAGUCCCCAAGGUUGUGCCAGAUCAUGGGCCAGGCUGGCUUGGGGCAAUAGGGACAGCACAGGGGGGGUCCUGCCACAGUGGGAGGACCAAGCCCCCAUUGGGGGGCCCGUGGUGCUAUCAGGGGGCCCAAGGCACUAUCUGGGACCAGCAGCCUGGGGACCCGCGUGUGCUCCUGGGAGAUUAGUGGGGGUGAGGAGGUGCAUCCCAGCCACGCUGCUGGGGUUCAAACUCCACGGUGGCAGUGAAGGUGACGGUGGCACAGGAGGGCCUGGCCUUGUGCAGGCUCAGUGAAGACGCCCCAGGCUGGUGACAGCCUGGGCCAGUCGCCGCCUGGGCGGGGGACAUGGGGGGCGCGGGGCUGGCCAAGCGCCUGGGGACGCUCCUGUCAGGGCUGCUGGAGUGCGGCGCCUUCUGCGGCAUCAUCUUCGGCUGGGCCUCUCUCGUCUUCGUCCUCAAGGACCUGGGAUACUUCGAGGGGCUGUGCCAGCCCUCCGCCACCCCCAGCCCCAACCUCACCCUGGGGUCUGACUGCAGCGGGCAGGAUGAGCAGUUCUCCCUGGUCUUCACCAUUGGCUCCUUCAUGAACAACUUCAUGACCUUCCCUAUGGGCGUCGUCUUCGACCGCUUUGGCACCACAGCCGCGCGCCUCAUCGCCAUCUCCCUCUACACUGGCGGGACCCUGCUCGUCGCCUUCUCCACCCCAGAGAUGGCGGUGCUGCUCUUCCCGGCCAUGUCCAUGCUGUCGGUGGGUGGCAUCCUCCUCAUCCUCACCAACAUGCAGGUGGGAAACCUGUUUGGGAACUACCGCUCCAUCAUCAUCACCCUCUACAAUGGAGCCUUCGACUCCUCCUCUGCCAUCUUCCUCAUCGUCAAGCUGCUGUAUGAGCGCGGGCUGUCCCUGCGGGCCAUGUUCCUCUUCCUGGCAGCCUGCAGUGCCUGGCACCUCCUGCGCACCCUCUUCCUGAUGCCGCACACCCGCAUCCCCUACCCGCUGCCUCCCGACUAUGACUACGGGCUGCAGUGCCGGGGCCGUUCCCGCUCCUACCGAACCCACAAGGACAAACAGCCCCCGGGAGAGGCCGGACCCGAGGAGACACCUCUGGAAGCUCCCAUAGCUCGAGGUGGGGACGCCCCCGGGAUGCCAUUCCGAGCCUGCGCCUGCUCCUGGCUCUUUGCCUGGCACGUGGUCUGGCUCUCGGUGAUGCAGCUGCGCCACUACCUGUUCAUCGGCACCCUCAACCCACAGCUGGAACACCUGGCGCAGGGGGACCACGCCCUGGUGAGCACCUACACCAACGCCUUCGCCUUCACCCAGCUCUGCGGGGUGCUCUGUGCCCCCUGGAACGGCCUCAUCCUUGACCGGCACAAGCGGGGAAAGGGGCCCCGCCCUGAGGGGAUCCUGGCUGCGCUGGCAGACCUGCGCUCGGCGGUGCUCUCGCUGGUGGUGACGGUGGCACAGUGCCUGUUGUUCUCCGUGUUUGCUGCUGUACCCAUCCUGCCCGUCCAGUUUGGCACCUUCGUGCUGCAGGUCAUCAGCCGCUCCUUCCUGUACGGUGGCAACGCCGCCUUCCUGGCCAUCGCGUUUCCCCCACAGCACUUUGGGAAGCUCUACGGACUGGCCAUGGCACUGUCGGCGCUGGUGGCCCUGCUGCAGUACCCCUGUGUCGCCCUGGUGCAGGGGCUGCUCCAGGGGGACCCCUUCUAUAUGAACUUGGGACUCAUCGCUGUGGUGAUGGUGGCCUUUGUCAGCCCCCUGGUGGUGGCCCGCGAGUACCAGCGGCGAGCCAAGGAGCUUGGGAUGGCUGGCACCCCCCUGGCAGCCCCUCCCAGCACUGAGAUCCACGCUGAGACCCCACACUGAGCCCCACGCACAGCACCUCAUUUUUGUACCAGCCUGAGGGUGCUGUGCUACUGGGGCAGGGGGUUUGGGAUAAUAAACAUCGGUACCCCCUCCA